GCGCCCAUGAUUGUAUAUCUGUAAGAGUUGUAAGGACCUACAUGUAUAGGUAUGUUUACACUAGUGCGUUUUUUCUUGCGUUAGACGCAUGCGUCAUAGCGCACCACGAGUUGCACGAAAAAGCUUGCAAUAACGCAUGCCCUUUCGAAUUGAACGGCAACAUUUUCGUGACGCACGCUUAAGCGCAAGGACUUCCGCGCUCAGUGGGAAUCCGUUCAACACGCCGUGCAUUUUAGCCACUUACCUAUUAUUUUGAGCCAUUACUUUAAAUACCUAUUUGUUUUUUAUUAAAAAAUGGCUGAAAGUGAAGACCAAAACCAAACAUCACGUUUCAUUGAAGAAUACAGAUCGUUUCCGCUACUGUGGGAUGCCAAUCAUAAAUGGUACACUAACAAAAUUAAAAGAAACGAUGCCAUUGUCGCGAUCGGCACAACAUUUAACAUGGACGUGGCAGCUGUAAAAUCUAAAAUAAAAAGCUUGCGAUCAUACUUUUCUAAAGAACGACAAAAAGUACUUAAAAAAAAAUCUGGUUCCGGAACGGAAGAAAAUUAUUCUUCCUCAUGGUUUGCAUAUAACUCGCUGCUUUUUAUUUCUGAUUCAACAACACCAAGGGAAACUAGGGAUAGCGAGGAAGAUGGUAACCCGACAACAAGUAUUAGUAAUAAUGAAAACGUAAGUUAUUUUAUUUUUAAGUAAUUCUAUUAGUAGAUUUUGUUAUUCGUUUAUUCCUCAAAUUGUAUUAUUAGAU